AUGGAUAGGAUGAGAGCCUCUUCCAUCAUCUUCCUCUCUUUCGUUUUGGUGGCCUCAACCUCGGCCAUCGACAUCCUGAAGCUCCUCGAGAAGGAGUCCGACUUCAGCACAUUCAGAACUGCCCUCAAGGAUUCCAAGCUCGCCGACGACAUCAACAACCACGGCAGCAGCAUCACCGUCCUCGCAGUUGCCAACGGUGCCGCCUCCGCCCUCUCCGGCUUGUCCCCCGAUGAGGCCAAGAAGCUCUUGGCUACCCACGUGUUGCUCGACUACUUUGAUGAGGCGAAACUGAAAGGAUUAGCGAAGAAAGACAAGCCCUCAACUGUGGUCACGAUGUUGCAAACCACCGGCGAGGCUCAGCACCAGCAGGGAAUGGUGAAUGUCGGCGUGCUUAAGAGUGGAGAGGUCGCUUUCGGUUCAGCUGUCCAUGGAGGUGGCUUGGAUUCCAAGUAUAUCAAGUCUGUCACUGCUCAGCCUUACAACAUCUCUGUCCUUCAAGUCAGUUCUCUUAUUGAGAUUCCUGACCUAAGCCCUGGUGCUGCACCCAAGGCAGCUCCACCAGCUGAAGACGACAGCGAUGAAGCCGCCGCUCCCUCACCUGAUGAUGACGGCACCGCUCCCUCACCUGAUGAUGAAGACCCAACACUCUCAUCGCCACCAGUGUCCGGAGACUCACCAACAGAAGCACCAGAGGCAGCAACAGAGAAGACUCCAGAGGAGAAACCAGCUCAUGGUGAGCAUGCACCUGCUCCGGCUCCUUCGGCUGCUUCGCGCGUCGAGAUGACUCUUGGUGCCGGGCUCGUGAUGGCUUUGGCUUCACUUUUUGCUUAG